CUCCUGGGGGCACAAAGCGUUAUCACGAGUCUAUAUAAGAGCUUGUGAAGUGCGCGGGCGCACACUCGCUUCGUACCGGCCUGUGCUGCGCUGACGAUCUUCAGCCCCUGUAAUAUUAUAACCGACGCGCGUAUUUCCACGCGCGAGUGAGAUAUAAUUGCCAAGAUGAGCAGCCCUAGCGAUUUUAGAAUCGAAAGAAAUGUCGAGCUAUCAGAGGAGACGAAGGAGAUCGCUGAACGCGAACUCCGGGAGACUCCUGAGCGUGUUCGGGAAGCUUUGGAAAGACUGAGAGAACUGUUGAAAGAGAACAAAGACAUUUAUUUCGGAGAUGAAGACGAGAUAUUGACAAUAUUUCUCCGACCUUGCAAAUGGUACCCCGAGAGCGCUCUGGCUUUGAUGCGUCGGGCUGCUGAUUUUAAGCGCGACAACGCGAGCUUGUUGGACGGUUUACUGCCAGAACACGAGAAGGAGGCUUUCCUGGAGCACAAAGUAGUAAACGUCAUGAAGGGUCGUGAUGAUAAAGGAAGAAGAGUGCUCAUUGUCAACGUUGGAGGUAGCUGGAACCCCAAAAAGGUGACGGCGGAUCAACUGUUCAGGUUAUUCUAUUUAAUUCACGAAGCUGCCAUGUUGGAACCGGAGUCCCAAGUCCGAGGAACAGUCGUCAUUAUGGACUUCCACAAAAUGGGCAUGAGUCAGACGAUGGGUCUAACGCCGGCGUUUUCUAAACGUCUGCUCACUUUCAUCCAGGACGCGUUGCCUCUUAGAUUGAAGGAGGUGCACUUCGUUAAGGAGCCCAUGAUCUUCAACAUGGUUUGGAAGCUGUUCAAGCCUUUGAUCAGGGAAAAGUUGAAGGGCAGGAUCUUCUUCCACGGCAGCAACAUGUCAUCUCUACAUAAGCAUUUGGCUCCGAGUCAUUUGCCCGCGGACUACGACGGUGUCCUGGGCCCCAUAGACUACUCGGGCGCCGACUGGUACCCCGUCGUCAACGAGGUGCUCCCGCACAUACAGAACUGGAACUCGUACGGUUAUGUCAAGAAGGAAUGAUUAGCAUUUAUCUAUGGAUAUAUUUAGUCCUCGACUGAUGACCGUCUGCCGUGGAGUAUGAGCGAAUUUUUACACUUAUAAGAUAUAAUAGACGUAGUUAGGUAUAUAAUGUGUAUUGAAUGUAUUGAUAUUAAAACUUUAUUUUAUAUUGUGGUACAAAUCAUCGUAAAUACUAUUUAUUAAUCAAAUUGCGUGUUGUUGAAGUCGGGUCAUGUCGUUGUUACGCGAUUUGGUCUGUGUAAGUGUCGCUCGGUAACAGUUUUUAAAUUUCGUUUUAUUUUUAAUUGUUAUAUUUUUUUUUUAUCUUAAAUCACGUCAUUUAUAAAUGAACCUUGUAAACAAUAAUUCAAUAAACGCAUCCGUCUUCAUAUCUUUCCGAAGAUAAGUAUGAAUAAUUCAAAUGGAAUAUUGAACGAAUAUAACUUAUCUUUGUUUUUUUUUUUUGUUUUGUUUUGUUUGAGCGAAAUUCAUGACAUUCAAAUAAUAGAUAAAUAUCCAUAUUAGUGACAUUUCAAUCGAGGCUGUGAAUGUUAGACGCGUGUUCUGUUGAUGUUGUAUAAGGUGUUCGAUUCGAGAGACUUUUCUACGUGCUUGAUAAAUAUAUGACUACCCCAAAGACGAGUAAAACAACCGAAUUAUAAUCGAUGAGAAUGAUAGUACAUUCCAAUUGACAUUGGCUAGUGAGAACCAAAAAACUUUACAGUAACUUGCUCAAACGUUGGUCAUAUCUUAACGUCGACGCGUGAGGAUUCGUCGUUAGAUGUUUUGAUGAUUUAUUAAUAAAGAGUAAUUUUAUAUGAAUGAAAA